AUGAUAGCGGGUUUGACGGAUGAAACAGUAACUAAUCAGCCUACAUUGAAACGAUUUUCUCGAUACAAUCAAUCGAUGCGUUCUCGAUUGGAUCCCCAGUCACAUGUUUGUGAUCCAGAACCAAGCUCUUCUCAUCAACCAGAAACUUCCUACAAAAUUGGUGGCAAGUUAAAGACUGGAUUUUUAAGUGGAAAUUGGACAUUGCGCAGUAAAAAAGAACACAAAUUACGUCCGUCUUUGCAAAAUGUCUGUUCUACUCAAAUUGGAAAAGUGUAA